GGUCGGCUACUGCACAUUCUUCCGGCUGAGGAUGCACCAGAAUCGCACUCAAAACCGACUGUGAAUGGGGAUUCGGAAAAGCACGCAGAUACCACGACGGACAUGCAUCGAUCCAGCUUCCAGGUAGCACGUCAAGAAUCUUUGAAGGCUACUGCCGGAGUGGCUCACAAUUGGAAUGCUCUGUUCAUUCGUCCGGACGCAGUUGCCGCCUAUUUGGCAGCCAAGUUCGGUUUAACCAAGGAACAAGUUUUAAAUUCGACCGAACGUGGCGGCUCUGUCGCUGUUCGAUUAGCUCAUGCGGAAGCUCAGCUGGUGACCGAGAUGCGCGAGUUCCUCCAGCAACAUGGUAUCGAUCCGAAGGCAUUCGAUUCCACGCGUGCGGAGACUGGUGAUUUCACACAAGGUCGCCGUGACCGAUUGGAAGCACAGUCUGGUGCGACCACACGGCAACUUUCGGGGACGGCAUUCCUGGUAAAAAACCUGCCAGUCGGUACAACGGAAACUGAAGUUCGUGGUCUGAUCAGACAGUACACAAAUCCACGCACCCGAGCUCAGUCUGAUCCGCGCGAACCGAUCCGACCGAAACGGGUGAUUGUACCCCCGCUCGGAAUUACGGCUAUUGUGGUUUUUUCGUUACCACAACAUGCACGGUUGGCCUAUCGACUGCUAGCAUACGAAUCGAGGGCAUCAUAG